AUGUUUCUUGUCUUGCUGCUCUGCCUCCUGCCAGUGACCAAGGGGAAUAGCUGCUUCAGGUGCUGGCCAGAGCUGCCCGCCUUGCUGGAGUAUGACCUGCAAGUGCUCUGGGGCAGCCCCGGGCCACCCACAGAACUCUCACAGAGGCUCCGCUCUUUAUUCCUGGACGAUAACACCUUACCAGUGCCCGGGUAUCUUGCUCGAGACCACUUGGAAGAGGAAACGGCUGCAUUCUUCACCCAUCUAGAUCACUCCAUUAAAAAGCUGAGGGACGAUAAGCCAGCACUGCUGGACGAUGUUCAUGUUCAGAUGGGUCUCCUGGCUGAGAGGCUGAUGGAGAGGUCGCAGGAGCUGACACAGAAGGCCUGCAAUGAGUCCUGUGACCUCCUCUCCCCAAUGGAAGUCACCGCAUGUGCCGACUGCCAAAUGCACAGCCUGUCCUGCAAUGACCCGACCGUCUGCACAGACAAGUCUGUUGGGACCUACAAGUGGGCCGUGAUUCUUGUCAGCAUCCUGCUGGCCCUGGCUGUAGCUGCCAUUUGGGAAGAGGCAGCCAGCUACCUCUUUCCCGAAGAGUACAGCAACCAGAGCAGCAGCCAGAGCAUAAACCAGAGCAGCUUCCAGAGCAUAAACCAGAGCAGCAGCCAGAAUAGGUGGUUUUUGAAAACUGCUUCCUCUGUGACUCUGGUGACUGUCCCUCACACAAAACAUUCCUCCCUGAAGCCAGGAGAGCUCUAA